AUGCCCGCCUCAUCCCCUGCCUUCCGGCACUCCUCCCCGGCCUAUGAUGGGUCCCGUCUCCGGAAGUCACAAUUCACUCAUCGGCAGCUUGCUCUUUUGGCAUCAUACUCCACUACAUCGCCUCUGCGUGUCAUUGCGCACAUCGAUCUCGAUGCAUUCUAUGCGCAGUGUGAAAUGAUUCGGCUGGGUACCCCCGAGGACCAGCCCUUGGCAGUUCAGCAAUGGCAAGGGCUCAUAGCUAUCAACUACCCAGCUCGCAAGUUCGGAAUAGGCCGUCACUGCACUUUAACCGAAGCAAAGAAAAUGUGUCCCCAGCUCAUCGCUCAGCAUGUUGCGACUUGGAAGGAGGGCGAUGAAAAGUGGGCAUAUCACGAAGAUGCUGCAGCUCACAUAGGCACCCACAAGGUCUCUCUAGACCCUUACAGACUACAGUCGAGAAAAAUUCUAGCUGUCAUCAAGGGCUUCCUGCCUGCAAAUAAACAAAAAGUGGAAAAGGCUAGCAUUGACGAGGUCUUCGUCGACUUAUCGGCGCAGGUUCAUUCUAUCCUCUUGGAAAGGUUUCCCGAGCUUAUGAAUCCUCCGCCUUACGAUGACCCUUCGGAAAGGCUACCACUGCCGCCUGUGACGGCGCUUGACUGGCAGGCGGAUGCAUUGGUUGAUCUCGACGAUGUCGAAGCAGAGGCAGACGACCCAGACUGGGAUGAUGUGGCCAUACUCAUUGGCUCGGAAAUUGUUCGAGACAUACGUGCCCAAGUUCGACGCGAGCUGGGUUACACCUGCUCGGCAGGGAUAGCGAGCAACAAGAUGCUCAGCAAGUUGGGCUCUGGCCACAAGAAGCCCAAUCAACAGACUGUGAUACGGAACCGAGCAGUGCAACACUUUUUGUCUGACAUGAAGUUCACCAAAAUUCGAAACUUGGGUGGGAAGCUCGGCGAGCAGGUGGUGUCCACGUUUGAUACGGAAUCCAUCAAGGAUCUCUUGGCGGUACCGGUAGAGCAGUUGAAAUCCAGACUAGGCGACGACACGGGUAUAUGGCUCUACAACACUAUUCGUGGCAUCGACACCAGCGACGUCAAUUCGCGUACACAAAUCAAAUCCAUGCUCUCGGCAAAAUCAUUCCGUCCGAGCAUCAACAACAUUGAUCAGGCCACCAAAUGGCUCAGGAUCUUUGCCGCUGAUAUAUUUUCGCGAUUGGUCGAAGAGGGAGUUUUGGAAAAUAAGCGUAGGCCCAAAACUAUCAACCUGCAUCACAGACACGGCGGCCAGACUCGUUCCAGGUCGAGUGCCAUCCCUCAAGGGAAAAGGCUUGACGAAAGAACCUUGUUCGAUCUAGCCAAGCAUCUCAUGCACCAAAUCACUCUAGAGGGACGGGUUUGGCCAUGUGCCAACCUCAGUCUCAGUGUCGGCGGAUUUGAGGAUGGCGUCACAGGAAAUAUGGGAAUAGGGGCUUUCUUAGUGAAAGGAGAAGAAGCCAAAGAGCUGAAUACCAACUCGAGAGAAUCAACCAUGGAUGCCAUUGAGAGACCCGAAAAACGUAGGCGCGUCGAGGCUCCAAACAUUCAGAGUUUCUUUAGAAAAACGUCGUCUCCCGCGGAAGUCGGAGCCCAAGAGGACGCAGACGCUUCAGGUGGCAGCCAUUUACUGAGGCCCAACCUGUCUCAUGACCUCCAUGCCAGGAACGAAGGCAUGGAAACGCCUGAAACUCCCUCAAAAGAGGAACCAGAGCGUCGACAGAUGCCUAUUACAGGUUACAUGUGCUCACGAUGCAAUGCAAGCCUCGAGAGCGAGGAACAUCUCCAAAGCCACAACGAUUGGCACAUGGCGACUGACCUUCAGGAGGAGGAGGAACGUGGCAGAUCCGGAUUUGUUCGUCAGCAAUUGGCUCCACGCAUCCAGAAGCAGAAGAAGAAUUCUUCUGCAUCUACCUCAAAGAAGCAUUCGCGUAGGGACAACAAUAAGCCUGAACAAGGCCAGAGCAAGUUGAACUUUGGAUAA